AUGAACAAUGGCUUCCUGCAUCCCCAAUCCAGCUCGUGUUCGCCGUCUGAAUCGCUCUGAAAUCCUCUAGCUCCGCAGAGCGAGGGUCGUCAGAACUCGGAACCAAGACCGCCCAUGGCCACCGCCACGACGGCGCGCACGUACGUCGACUUCGUGCCGCCGAACAGCCUGCAGGAGGAGCCCGACAAGGUGGCCCUCCGCGUCGACCUCUCCGCGGAAGGGUUCAGGAAGGAGCAGAUCAGGGUGCAGAUCGACAGCUUCGGUAGGCUACGGAUAACCGGCGAGCGGUCGCUCGACGCCGACGGCAGCAGGUGGAGGCGCUUCCACAAGGAGUUCCAGGUCCCCGACACCUGUGACCCCUCCGCCAUCCGCGCGAGGCUCGACAAGGACGGCAUCCUCCUCAUCACCAUGACGAAGCUGUCCGCGCCGGCGCUGGCCGAGGAGCCGAAGGCGCCAGGUGCGGACAUGGGUGGUGACGCCGCCGCUGGCCAGGACCAUGAACCUGCAGGUCACGCCAGCGCACAGCAAGCGGGAACUCCUGCUGAAGAAAAGAGAGGCCAGGAGGAGGACGCUGGCGGGGCGGCCAUGGACCGUCCAGGCCAAGAAGACGAACAGCACCCAAGCAGCGACAACGCAGCACCUGCACCUGCACCUCGCCGGCCGGCGGCGUACGGCUUUGCCAAGGACAGGAGGAUCAUGCUACUGGCGAUCUUUGCCCUGAUGCUGGCUCUGGUUGGCGCCGGCCUGUUGGCGAGGUGCAGGUUGACGAUGGAUCAAUCGGCCGAGACGUCGCCGUCAGGCAGCCACAUCGUCAGUCUCUCCGGCAGUUGAUCAUGCUGCAGCUGCGAACAUGCCUUGCGCGUCUGAAUAAAAUGCAAACGUGAUAGUUUACAUACAUUCGAUUACUGCACACUGUACAUACAUAUGACUGCAUAUUGUAACACAAAAGAAAAGAAAAACAGAGAGUUCAACUGUGGAAA